AUGAGUUACUACGACCAUUGUAAUGAUGAAUAUUCAUCAGGGAAUAAUAUUUAUUAUCAUAAUUAUAGUGUGGAUUAUGCCAAUCACAUAUUAGGUGGACAUCAUGCUAUUUCAUCAUGUUUACCACGUAUGCGUCGAAAACAUCGACGACGUUUACCAAAAUUGGUCAGAGUUUCAACAUUGGAUCAAAUGCCAAUUUUGCAUCAACAUCAUUUUCUUCCUUCAUUACAUAGUCAACCAAAGUAUAUUAAUAAUAACGAGAUUUUCCCACCACCACCACCACUACCAUCAUUUGUUAUUCCUAAUUUACCAUCACUAGAAAGCACUAGUCAAGAAUUAGAAAGAAGAGCAACACAAAUACCUCAAACUCAACCGAUAUAUCAGGAAAUAUUACCUAGUGUUUCUUCAUUUCCUACAAAUGCUAAUCUUUCGUCUGAAGAUUCCAACCGACCAUUGACUGAAGAUGAAUUAAGACAAGUUCAACAGCAACAAGAAGUUUUUCAACAACAUUUAUUCAAUAUGCAACGUCGUUUACUUGAACAAUCACAACAACAACAACGGCAACAACAGGACGAAGAAGAAGAAGAAGAAGAAGAAGAAGAAGAAGAAAAAAAAGUUCCAAGAUUAUCAUUACGUUCAAGAUCACAUCGUUUAGAAAAAAGAAGAAAAUCAUCAUAUAAUGAACUUAAACUUGACGAUGAUCAAGCUGAAAUAGCUGAUCUUAUUGAAAGUGAUCCUUAUAUAGCAGCAGCUAUGGAAGAUUUUGUUUAUACACAUGGUUUAUUAGGGAAAGACAGACACAGAACUUAUUCGGAUAAUUCAUCAUCUCAAUAUUCAGAUAGACGACAUCGAACUAAACAUUUUCAACAUGAUUAUCGUUGGUCUCCUUCAUCGUCAUCAUCAUCGUCAUCAUCAUCAACAUCUUCAUUAACUAAUCGAAGAUCAGAUAGGAAAGGUUCAAAUGUCGAGUUAAUUUUAUUACGCGAACUUCAUGAAAUUCGUCGUUUAAUGGAAGAAUAUGUUCGUACUAAAAAAAGUUCUAUAAAUGCUAAUCAAAGAUUAACACCAAUAGUACCUAUACCUUGGUCAAUAAACGAAGGUCAAUAUCAUCGACCAACUGGUAUUCAUUAUCCACCAGUUCCACCUGUAACUGAUUAUCAACCAUCAUUAGUUCCACGUGAAGGACCACCACCUCCACAAGACCCAAAUCGAGCUAUUUAUCAAAAUGUUGUUAAUGUUGUACGAGAAGUUCUUGAUCGACGUUCUCCAUCUCAACGUGAACAACCAUUAAAACCGAGUCAAAUUGAUCCCAAAUUAAAACAUGUUUAUACAAAAAGACCACGAAUUUCAUCAACAUCAAUGCAACGAACACCAUAUCCUGCACCACGACAACAAGGACAAUCAAGAUUAUCUCAGAUAACAACACCAUCAAGUAAUAUUCCUCCUGCUCCUCCAUAUGAGUCUUUAGCUAAUUUUUCUUCAUCUCGAUCAACAACAAACAAAGAUCGUCAUUUAUCCUAUGGAAAUCGUCAAAAACAAUCAAAUAUAUAUGAUACACUUCUACCAGGACAUUAUUUAAGGUUAAAUACGAAUAAAUAUAAUUAA